AGGCAUUGGAUCUAAAGUGCCGGUCAAAAUGGAAGUGAAUCCCCCCAAACAGGAGCACCUGCUGGCCCUGAAAGGUCCGGUUUCCCUCUCAUUUGGAAAAAGACAGUCUUGUAAUUAUAAAUUACAUUCUAGCUCUGAGGAACUCAGCUAAGAAAUUUUCUCUUCAUUAUGAGUAACUGGAUUACUGCAGAAUGACCACAGAAGUAAUAUUACAUUAUCGACCACAUGAGAGUGAUCCUACACAACUACUAAAAAAUGCAGAGAAAGCCAUUCAAGACUUUCCUACACAUCCACUAUUGAGAUUUAUUCCUUGGUUUCCAUAUGAUGAGUCCAAACUUCCACUCAAACCUAAAAGAUCACCACCUGUAAUUUCUGAAGAGGCUGCUGAAGAUGUAAAACGAUACUUAACCAUUUCAGAAUAUGAUGUUAAAUCACAGAGUUAUGAUUGCACCGUAGCUCUAUUGGAGUUUCAGCCCAAUUUGAAAGAAAAGCAGCACUUAAUCCGGUCACACACACUGAAUGAACAGACUACUUCUGGAAAUCUGGAUAAACAAUCAGAAAAAGGAAAAUGGCACAAGAAGAGGUCUUGGAGUGUUUCACUUCCCAGCAGAAAUCAUACUAAAAAUAUUUGUCCUUUGUCCAAAAAAUUGCAAGAUAGUUUAAAGGCACUAAACUUACACUCAUUUUAUAGAGGAAGAUGGACAAUAGAACACGCUGUUUGUAAUAACCAAACUCUGGAAGAUAUUUGGGUAAAACUCAAUCAAAUUAUAAGGCACAAUGAACUCCCAUCUUGUAAUGCUACUAUUCAGAGGCAUUUGGGCCAAAUAUGGGUGUUCUGUGAUAUUAUGUACUGUGAAUAUGUGGGAAGUCUCCUUAAAGGAAGAUUAGCUAUUACUGGGAAGAUAAAUUUAUUUGUUCAUAAAUAUGGUGUUAUUUUUAGUAUGUAAUGAAUUUCACUGAAUGUCAUAAAAAUAUUUUGAAUGAACAGAACAUACUGAAACAGUGAGAUGAAUAAAUUUUUUACUGUUUUUUUUAAAUUUUUAAUGACUUAAUUUUCAAAAUGUGAACCAUUGCUAGUGUAGCCUGUUUAUUCUUAACAUUGUGAAAAAUAAUUGUGUGGUAGUAUAUGUUCAAGUAGUAUACUAGGAAUAAAUAUCAGAUGAAUUUAUCAGCUUGUCAUUUAAGGCAGGAACUUUCUGGGUUCUAUUUUUAACAGCCAUCUUUUAAAUUAAUUGUGUUAAAUUAUUAUUUAUACUGAAUUUAGAAGUAAAAUGUUCUAUUCCUUUUGUUCUAUUUUUCAGUGGUUGAAUUAGAUAUUUCCAUGAAUUACAGCGAAUAAUUUGGAUUUGGGUGAAUCCUUAAAAUCUUAAUUUUACAAUUCUUUUUUCUUUACUCAUCUAAAGUGUAGUAAUUUUUUAAAAAUAAAACUAUUGGGUUGACCAAAAUAUUCAUCUUUUCCUGUAAGAUGGCUCCAGUAGUGCUUAGUUGUCUUUAACUUCUUUCGAAACAAUUUUGUUAGACUAUAUUGUAACAACUGUCAUAUCAGCGUGCAUUAAAAAAAUACACAGCAAAAUUGGUGAAUUUUUGCAUAGCCAUUUUAAUAUUGAAGAUGGAAGGAAAUAAGCAACAUUUUUGGCAUAUUAAGCUUAUUGUUUCAAGAAAGGUAAAAACACAACUGAAACACAAAGAAAGAUGGAGAAGGUGCUGUGACUGCUCGAACAUGUCAAAAGUGGUUUGCAAAGCUUCGUGGUGGUGAUUUCUCCCUGGACGAUGCUCCAGGGUCAGGUACACCAGUUGAAGAUGAUUGCAAUCAAAUCGAGACAUUAAUAGAGAAUAAUCAUCGUUCUACCACGCAGGAGAUAACCAACAUACUCCAAAUACCCAAAUCAAUAAAAUUACUGGUGAAAAUAAAAUGUGUCUUUCAUUUUACGGAAGAAAACCAUACAGACUUUUUGGUCAACCCAAUAAAACCAGUUCUGUUGGGAAUGCUAUUCAGGUGGCAUGAAUGUAGUUCAAAUUGGGAGACCAGCCCAAAUUCAGCUGAUGUGUCUAAAGCUAUGUCAUAGACAAUAGUUAAAGUGUUUUGAAACAAAGGUAAAAAAUGUAUAAUUUGCCUAUUACCAUAAUAUAUCUUCAAGGGUGUAUAUAACCUGUUUCGAAAGAAAACAUCAGAUGUGAUUAUAAAUAAAGUUUUCUUUAUUCUAAUACAA